AUGGUCUUGGAUAACCAAAAAAACGUACAAAUAUUCUAUUACGCACCAAAAGUCUCCGAGAGCUGGAAAGGCCAGAAGCUUCUUUCUCGGGCAGAGUUUCAAGUCGGGGCCCACGUCACCAAAUUUCUACGCUUACAGAUGCUUCCAACCUCCAACUCCUCUCCAUCCGAUAAAACCAACCGUUUUGCACUUUUGUUUGGGACCUUGGAUGGGAGCAUUGGUUAUCUUUUCGUCACUUUCCAUUCCAAUGGAAAGGCUCAUCGCACUGGCCCUGAUACCAUUGUUGAUGCUGAACUCCUCUGCCAUUAUGAUAUGCUGCCUUUUGAACUUCAGCUUGAGAUUGCAAACCUGAUUGGGACAACACGUUCUCAGAUCAUUUCAAAUUUAAAUGACCUGGCUCUUGGUACUAGCUUCUUGUGA